AUGCUUAUUGAAUGCCAUACUUGCGCCGACUAUAUUGAAAUUCAUGGUCGAUCCGUCCUUCCUUGUUUCAACUGUGACGCUUCCGAAGAAGAUUGCUUUUUGUCCACUGGUUUUGGAGUCUGUAACCACUGUACUCGUUGGAAUCGAAAACGCUGCGACGUCCUGGAGAUGAAUGUUCUUGACUGUGUUUCCUGGGCCUGUACUCGUCUAGAGCAGGAACGCAAGGAUGCAGAGGACGAACUGGUCCAUCUACAAGAAAAGAUGGCAGAGAAGAUCAGCAAGUUGCAGCGACUUCGUCGCCAGGAGGACUUGUUAAAAAGGCGCGGUCUAGAGUUGUUAAAACUUGGUGAGGAGCAGGAUAUCGAGGAAGAAUAG